AUGAAUCUUACACUGGAUCAUGAUAACAAAAACUUGAAGACUCAAUCAGCCUGCAACCAAUCGAACAAUCCAAUAGAACAUCAUUGCUAUAUGAGCAAAGACAUCACAGAAAACAUUCGAAAAUUGGAAAAUGGAGAUGAAAAUCCGAAUUUUGACGAGGAAUUUAGAAUUCAAAAUGUGUGGUUCAUUGCUGUUACUACUUAUCAGAAUCCAGCAAUCAAGUGUCUGAAAGUGGAGAACAAUAAGAUGGCAUCUGGUUUUCGUUCAACUGGAAAUCAUAAAAAUAGUCUUCCGACACGUGGCACCAAACGGACUGCUUCUGAAACCUUUCCAACUCCUCCUUCAAGUACAUCACCACCAUCGAAAAUGAAUUCAAACGGACACUUUUCGAAUGCUCACUAUUCAAAUCAAGAAAAUUUUGAUUUUUCAAUGACGGGGAAUUCCCAUCAAUAUUGGAUGAACCCAGAUCAGAAUACGUGGAUUUACCGAUACAAUAUGGAACAACAAAUGGAACAACCAGUCAUUAAUCAAUGGAAUAUGCAGAAUUUCGGACAUCCAACGAAUUUGAAUUAUGAGCAAUAUGGAAAUCCAAAUAACACAAUUGGUCCAGAAUUUUACCACGGAUUGAAUAAUUUUUAA